AUUAUAGUUUUGGUUAUGCACGUCAUCACAUUCUGAGGAUCCCGGACGUCAUAAAACCAUGACGUCAUUUACGCCAAUAUGACGUUGACUUUCCAAAAUGGCGGACUUCACUUCCUGAUUAUCGGAUUUUCAUUCACUAACAUUCAGCUUUCCAAAUAUGGGUUGUCCGGAGAUAGAAAUGAACGAAGGGUCAAGGCAGAUGACCGCGAAACUGUCCGGAGUGUUGAAUACGUUUUGUGUUUUGCCGUCACUGAUAGUUCUUUCUGUGGGCGCAUAUAUACAAGUGGCCAUCCAGGAGCAAAUAAGUAUGAUUGAAGGUUUCAAUGGUGACGUUUUACCUGCCUUCAUGAUUAUUUUUGGAUUUUUUGGUGCAGUUAUCUGUUUAUUUGGUGGUAAAGUAUGCUGGACAAACCAGCAAUGUUCGAAAAGAAUGGAUUGGAGCAAAUAUUUGUUUCCACUUGUCAUUGUCGAACUCAUUUUAGCCAUUUUCUUUUUCGUGUCGGCUAUUAUGUGCUUUAUUCAGAUUUCAAUGUUGGAUUCAUCUUUCGAAAAGGGUCUUUCAUCUGCGAUGCGUAGCUAUAAGAAUGACAGGGUGAAGAAAAUUGAGCUAGACAAUCUUCAAAUCAGUUAUAAAUGUUGUGGAGUCAGGUCAUAUACUGACUGGUUCCAUGUCAGUUGGAUCCACGAGGAGUACAUAUCAGAAGAAAAGAAAAAGUUGUUGGCAAGUUACACUGCAGACGGUUACCUGAACGAUGACGUGCCAUUCAGCUGCUGUGUUGCUGACGUGUUACGCCCGUGCAUUCACCAUCACGUGCACGACAACGAUAUGCAUUAUAACUACGACUACCGCGCCAAGGUGACGCUGUACAGCGUGGGGUGCAAGGACGUGCUGUUGGAUAUAUACGGCAACCGCCUACUUACAGACGUCGGAGCUCUCGUUUUGUCCAUUUCGUUCAUACAGAUGAUAACAGUGGCGGUGAUGCGUCUGCUGCAGACGUCAGUGGACGGAUCACUAGAGAACGAUGACCCUGAAGAUCCCUCAAUCGGGUACAUCUUCCCAUGCAGCGGCAAGGUCGCCAUUAAAGCUGUCCAAAGAGAGGUGAAAACGUUCCACAAAAAGGACAGGAAUGCGACCAAUGGUAUUCCUGGGGACCCCACCACAGAGCCCCUCCUCGAGGACAAGGAUGAUAACAGCAGUAUUGAUACAGACAACAUUUCACUCAAUUCUUCCUUUGAAGAUGAAGGUGUUUACGAGGAAAACCCUCCUCCUGCACCAGAAGAAAAUCUGUACACGACCAUUAACUCUGCAGAGAUGCUGAACUAUCCAGAGUCGCCACGAUACACAUCCUUCUCAGGUAUUGGAGGUCAAGUUCCAGCCCCUGACCAAUACCCAUCUGGUCAGAAUGGAAUACCUAGCCACCAUGUGAUGAGCAAUGACCCAAAUGGUCAAUAUGGAAUGGUCAGCAACCACAUGAUGGGCAGUUCUCAACAUGGAAUGCCAAGCAACUACAUGAUGGGGAGUGACCAACAGGGAAUGGUCAGCAACCACAUGAUGGGUGCUGAGCCGUACGCAGCAUCGAGCACCUACAUGGCCCCUCGAAGAACCCUCACCUAUGUGAAUGAGCUACGACAGGAAGGAGACAUGACAAAAAUGUAAAACAUCAAGAUAUAUAUGUGAAAUUCUGUUAAAA